GACAUUACGGGGGAAAAACGAGCAGACUGCGUAGCAGUUUGGCAUUUACAAGGAUGAAUGGUUGUGGUCCUUCAAGCGUGAACCGGCAGCCACGCUGAAGUUAGCUAAUGACUUUUUCUUGAGAUGUACGUGAAAUGUCUGGCGAAAUUAAUCUUGGAAUACCUAUUUUUCGAUCAUUUGAAUGACUUCAUACAUCUUCAUUAAGAAGUCUUGUUCUAUGCUUAAUUGCUUCCGAAUCCCAAUUCAGCAGGUUACACAAAGUAGUCCUGUUUUUGCAGUCCCAAGUGUCAAACGAUGUCUCGUCCGACCACCAUCAAGGAAGCGCUUAGCCGCUGGUCCACAGAAAACGAAGGAAAAGAUCCAACCCUGGCCAAAGAUGUUCAGCUUCAGUUUCAGUGGCCUCCGGUUGAAAAGAUGGACGGAACGCUUUCCACGCUGGUCGAGUGCGAGAAAUUGAGCCUUUCCUCGAACAUGAUUGACAAGGUAAUCGGCCUAAGUGGCAUGAAGAACCUGCGCGUACUAUCGUUAGCGCGAAACUACAUCAAAUCGCUCAACGGAAUCGAAUCCGUCGGAGAAACGCUCGAAGAGCUCUGGGUAAGCUACAAUCUCAUCGACAAGCUGAAAGGCGUCGAAAGUUUGAAACGACUUAAGGUGCUCUACAUCGGGAACAACUCCAUCCGGGAGUGGGGCGAGUUUAACAAACUGCAAGCCGUCUCCACGUUGGAGGACCUGCUGUUCGCCGGAAAUCCCCUCGUCGAGAGCAUCGACGAGGCCGCCUACGUGCGGGAGGUCCAGAAGAGGCUGCCGACGCUCAGGAAGCUGGACGGGGAGAACAUGCUGACGGAGGAAGAUUGAAGAGGGUUCUGGGUCCAAUAUAUGUAGAUACUCUUCCCGGAAAACUUGGCCACUUUAAAUCUGUUACAAAAACAACGUGAAAUCCACACGAUUUCGGUUGGGAUGAUGAUGAUGAUGAUGAUGCAGAUGAGUUGUAUCAAAUUUAUUUCACUCAACCGGACCGGAUUCGUCCCUUUUGUGGGUGUUUCUCACGAACAUGAAUGCAAACCGCCAUA